UAUCACUUCUCUCACCAGCUCUCACUCCGGAUCCCGGGUCUCUGGUUUAGGAUUUGCCGGAGGCGCCGACAUUCCUACCAUCCUCUCUCUGACAGGUUGCUGAACUCCCGGUUCCUGCUCCUGACUCCUGGAACCAUGUCUCUGGUAAGCCAGAAUGCGCGCCGCGGCAGCGCAGAGACCACUGCAGAUUACAGCGACGGCCAGGGUGAGAUGCAGGCUAGUAACGCCUCCGGGUCCCCGACCUCCAUGCUAGUUCCCCAGGCCCUCCAGGGCCCUCAUGCGCCAAUCAACCCUCAGGGUGCUAGCGCUUUCCAGGCUGCGCAGGACCCGAAUGACCUCGAGGUCCUAAUCGAAGAGCAGUCCCAACGUUUGGGGGCGCUCAGGGUCCAGGACCCUCUAGAAGACAGGUCUAUUGCUUUGGUGAAUUUCAUGCGAAUGAAAAGCCAAACAGAAGGUUCCAUCCAGCAGGCUGAGAUGCUGGAGUUCCUCAGAGAAUACUCAGAUCAGUUCCCUGAGAUCCUCAGACGAGCCUCAGCCCACCUGGAUCAGGUGUUUGGGUUGAACCUGAGGGUUCUUGAUCCCCAGGCUGACAUUUAUAACCUAAUCAGCAAACAGGGUUUCCAGACCUCUGAUCAGUUAGCAGAAUCCCUGGAUGUGCCAAAGGCAGGUCUCCUGGCCUUGGUCUUAGGCCACAUCCUCCUGAAUGGUAACCGGGCAAGAGAAGCAUCCAUUUGGGACCUGCUGUUAAAGGUUGAUUUGUUGGGUGAUCCUCAGAGGAUCAACAACCUUUUUGCGAACACAAGAAACCUGCUCAUUACUGACUUUGUGCGCAUGCGGUUCUUGGAGUACUGGCCAGUGUAUGGCACCAAUCCCCUUGAAUUUGAGUUCUUGUGGGGCUCUAGAGCCCAUAGGGAAAUUACAAAGAUGGAAGCCCUGAAAUUUGUGGCAGAGGCCCAUGAUGAAGAACCCUGGAGCUGGCCAGAAGAAUAUAACAAGGCCCUGGAAGCUGACAAAGCCAAAGAAAGAAGACAGGCUGCUGGCUUGGAAUUCUGGUCAGAGGACACUAUGAAUGAUAAGGCCAAUGAUUUGGUCCAAUUGGCCAUUAAUGUCACUGAGGAGUUGCUACCUAUACAUCAGGAUGAGCUAGUGGCUCACACUGGCAAAGAAUUUGAAGAAGUGUUCCCAAAUAUCCUCAGUCGAGCUACUCUAAUCCUUGAUCUGUUCUAUGGAUUCUCUCUGAUUGAAGUUGAUACCAGUGAGCACAUCUACCUCCUUGUCCAGCAACCAGAAUCAGAAGAAGAGCAAAUGAUGCUAGACAGCCUGGGGAGACCCACUCAAGAAUAUGUGAUGCCAAUUUUGGGUUUGAUCUUCCUGAUGGGAAACCGUGUCAAAGAGGCCAACAUCUGGAACAUGCUUCGAAGAUUUGGUGUGGAUGUAGGGAGAAAGCAUGCCAUCACCUGCAAGCUUAUGAGACAGCGAUACUUGGAAUGCAGGCCACUCUCCUACUCUAAUCCGGUUGAAUAUGAGCUUCUUUGGGGUCCAAGAGCUCACCUUGAAACUACCAAAAUGAAAGCCUUGGAGUAUAUGGCCAGGCUCUAUAGAAAGCGACCACAGGACUGGCCUGAGCAAUAUAGGGAGGCUGUUGAAGAUGAGGAGUCCAGAGCCAGAUCUGAGGCAACUGCCAUGUUCUUCUUCAGCCCCAUGUGAAGUCUGGGGAAAUGUAUCACUUUAGUUGUGUGGCAUCAGUUAAAGGGGCCCUGGGGAAAUGGGCACUGGGGCUCCAAAUAAGAAGUCAGUCAGGCCUGGGGUGGAAAGUACACAUUGUGCUUGAUAUUUGUGUUCUAUUACUAAUAGUAUUUCCUUUCUUAUAAUAUAUCUUUGAAUUAGGUUCAUGAUCAAUGUUUAUAAAUGAAAUUGCUCAUUUGUGAUCCCCGUCUUAUUUUACUAUAAAAGCUCAGAUAACUGUGUAAAAUGCAUUGGUGAUAUUUACAUCUUUCUAUGAUAUGGAAGAGAAUAUAAAGUUGUUUUUAACUGUUUGAAAUAAUUAGUAAAAUGGUUUGAAAUAAUUCGUAAAAUGGUAAUUAGCAAAUGUUAAGUAACAAUAGUAACAACACACACAACAAAAACAAACACAAAAUCAC